AUGGCUACGCGCCACCUGCACCACUUCCAAGCGCCUCGGCUCGCGGACUUGGUCCUCAUCCGCCACGGCGAGAGCGAAGGCAACGUGGCCCGCGAGCGCUCGAUCAAGGGCGACCACAGCCUCUUUAGCGGCGAGUUCAAGCACCGCCAUAGCUCCAAUUGGCGCCUCACGGACCGCGGCCGCGAGCAGGCCGAAGCCGCCGGCGAGUGGUUGCGCAAGAACGACAUGGUCUACUUUGACCGGUACCUUGUGUCCGAGUACCUCCGCGCGAUGGAGACGGCCGCGCGCCUCAACCUUCCGGACGCCCAGUGGUACGCCGAGAUGCUGCUGCGCGAGCGCGAUUGGGGUCAAAUGGACCUCAUGUCGGAAGACGAGCGCUUCAAGAACAUGUACGACGAGCUCGUGCGGCGUGACCUCGACCGCUUCUACUACGCGCCGCCGGGCGGCGAAUCGAUGGCGGCCGUCGCGCAGCGCGUCGACCGUAUGCUCUGUGUCUUGCACCGCGAGCUUCCGGGCAAGAAGGCGGUCGUUGUCUGCCACAGCGAGGUCAUGUGGGCGCUCCGGACGCGCCUCGAGCGCAUGUCGCAAGAGACCUUCCGCGAGCUCCAGAUGAGCGGGCGCAUGGUCGACCAGAUCCACAACGCGCACAUUCUGCACUACACGCGCACGGACCCGGGCACGGGCAAGGUCGCGCCCUUCUUUACGCACAUGCGGUCGGUGUGUCCGUGGAACGAGAAGCUCAGUCCGAAGGGCUGGAUCAAGAUCAACCGACCGGUGUACGACAACGACAUGAUGCUCGCGAUCGCCGAGCGCGUGCCACGCAUGAUCGUCUCGGAAGAGUACCUCCAGCAAACGUACCGCCCGGACAAGAAGCGUCUCUACUGCGACGACGCCGAGUCGCCCAACAAGCACACGUUUUGCGCCGAGACGGACCCGAACCUUCUGCACCCGGUCCUUGCCGUGCCCGCGCCCAAGGUGACGCUGCAGAACGUCGUUGUCGUCAACAAAAUGACGCGCUACCAGCACGAAGAGUCGCUGUAUGGCAACUCGGGCGAAGCGCUCAAGAAGCAAAUGUCGAUGCGCGGCUUUGUCUACGACCGCCUCAAGGCCAGCCACGACCACCACAUUGAUGCGAUCGACGAUAUUACGUCCACGUUCAAGGAGUAUAACAUCAACUGCACGAUCGUCAACGCCCACGAGCUGACGCACGACGCGUACGAUGGCGCAGACAUGAUCUUCUCGGCGGGCGGCGACGGCACGUUUCUCAAGGCCGCGAGUUUUGUCAACAAGCCGAUUCCAGUCGCGGGCCUCAACACGGACUCGGCGCGCAGCGAAGGCAACCUCUGCGCGUACUCGAUCGACGCGUCGUGCCACCGCUUUAGCAUUGGCCUCGACCGGCUCCUGACCGGUGACUUUCGCUGGCGACACCGACAGCGCAUCCGCGUCGGCAUGGUCAACCAAGAAGGCUUCAAGUACGAACUCCCGCGGUAUGCUUUGAACGAGGUGUUUAUUGCCGAGAGCGAUGCGUCCCGGCCGUCCCACUACAACAUUGGCAUUGACCAGCAGCAGCGCGAGUCGCACCGAAGCAGCGGCAUCAUCGUGUGCACCGGGACGGGCUCGAGCGCGUGGCACUACUCGGCGUCGCAAAUCCACCGCGAACAGAUUUCCAGUGUCCUCCAUGCCAUGGACUUUCACACGUACACGAACGAGACAGUGACCGAGAUUACCGAAAUGCUCAACAAGCAAAACAUGUUUGCCGAAGACUCGGUCGACAUGGGCUACGUCGUGCGCGAGCCCAUCAUCAACGCGACGUUUGGCGACAUUCGCUUCCGGCGCGGGAAGGCGCGCCGCGUCUCGAUGCGGUCGCUCGGCUGGGAUAUGAAGGUCAAUCUCGAUGGGCUCUACUCAGUGCCGCUCAACUAUGGCGUCCAAGCCGUCAUGAAGAUCUGCACCGAGCCGCAGUACGUGUUGCGCACCGUCGACUUUAGUCGGUCGACGGACGCGGCUUUGGACAAGGAUUUCCCCUAACACGGUGUUGAUACAAAGCGUCUGCAUGUAGU